GUCGUCUCCUCAUCAUGUCGGACUGCUGCAGAUCUGUGGACGAUGUGAGGGCUUUCCUUCACUCCAGUAAAAACCUGGACCCCCAGGAGAGGAUGAAGUUCUACGACAGCUGGGCUCCGACAUACGAACGGGACUCAGAGACCAUCAGCUACAGAGCUCCUAACAUAGUGGUAGAUUUCCUGAAUAGGAACCUUCCCGGGAGUCAUGAGGACGUCAAGGUUCUGGACGUGGCCUGUGGAUCCGGUCUAGUCGGCAAACUGAUGAGUGAACUUGGCUUCAGGAACUUUGUUGGAGUGGAUGGCAGUAAAGGCAUGCUGGAUCUAGCUGCUCAGUCCGGCCUCUAUCAGGACCUCAAACUGGCCUUACUGGGAACAGACCAGCUUCCUGCACAGACUGGUGCGUUUGAUUUGGUGGUCAUCAUCGGGGCUCUACGUGCUGGUUUCGUACCGGUCAGCGUCAUCAGGGAGCUCUGGCAGGCGGCCAAACCAGGCGGAUACGUCUGCAUGUCGAGGGUGGACCCCAAGUCAGAGUCCGGAGAGAAAUACAAGCUGAGUAUGAAGCGAGAGCUGCAGCAGAUGGAGGAGGAGGGGCUGUGGAGCCCCGUGUCAACUGGAGACAUGAAGAAAUACAUGAUGGAUGUUUAUCAUAAUCAGAAAGAGGACGAGCAGUACCUCGAUGGAACCAUGUAUCUGUACAGGAAGUCCAUCAGUUAGGAUCUGUAGCAGAAUAUAACUCAAUA